AUGAAUAUGAUGCGCAAGAAGGUGUCGUAUGUGCACAUUACGCCCAUUCCUUCCUUCAUACCGCGUCAGCUCGCCAUCGACUUCCUCCACAACCAUGGCGAGAUUAUCGAGCUGAACCCGCUCGUCACUGGCCAUGAGGCCAUCAAAGCGCCGCGUGAUGCGCCCGCUGACGAGUUUUACUCGACCUGGUACGAGAUCUCGGAGCGCAUCCAGUACAUACCCGGCAUUGGCAAAAUGGGCAGUGGCUCAAUCAAGUUCCGCGGCGUUUUCCACGACCUCCCCUUUGGCCUCCAAACACACACCUAUGCGCCUGCAAAUGUGGACCUACGCAACAAAUGGCAGAUUUGCGGAAACCAGCCCGGCGAACCACCCGAGCCAAAGGAACUAGGCUCUACUGCCCCACCCGAGGGGUUGUACAUUAGGGAAGAUGUCGAGAUCAAGUGCAAUGUCGCCAUGAUCAGUUUUGUAAAGAAGGAGAUGCAGGCUGCGGCAAAGAUCAUGGUAGAUCGGUUGGUGAAGAAGGCCGAAUUACUCGACUCGGGUGCGCUACACGCCCUGAUGGAGAAUGGCCGACUAAAGACCGUCAACCCAGCGGAUCGUUCAACUCGCGAUUACAUGUCACCGCAUUCAUCGCCAGGACAAGUAUACUCGACCCCUCUGUCGCCUCGCCAGUCGCCAAAUUUCCCCCACCGCCAAAGCCUAAGCUAUGCGCAGCCCGACCACCAACACCCUCCUCCCAUUCCCCCAAAGGAACUCAUUGGCCAGAACAAUGUAGUCAUGGAACUCCCCGGCGAUUUCUACCAUCCCAACCCUCCUGUAUCCCAAACACCAAUCAAUGACAAACGUGCCUCUUACGCUUCUGAACCCUCUCCUAAAUUCCAAGACGCCCGCUGGUCCACAACAUCCCACAGCACAAUAUCCUCACGACCAACCUCUUAUGCUACCUCAGACGGCAUGCGAUCGCCAGGUCUCGAGGGAAAAGCAUUCGCGUCGGAGCUACCCACUAUGGAAGAAACAAGGGAAGAGCACGAGUCAAGGCAGAAGAGGGAUAGCAUCCAGAAGGGGCAGCCCCACUAUGCAUAUAACCCUCAGGACUUUGCAAGGACGCAACAUCAAUAUGCACAGGGACCUCCGUACCCUGGUUAUUAA